UUUGACUUUUAUCGUCCGAGCAGUCUAUGGACCGGGUGUGACUGCUCGUACGAUGUACCUGCGACCGAUAAACUUAAACAUAAAUAGAGUUUUUUUUUUGUUUUAAAGUGUGAAAAUAAACCGUCAGGAAACUAAAGUGUGUAAAUAAAGUUGUGUCGUUUUUUUUUAAAGCAGUCAGCACCAUAACAAACAUGGCGGCGGGAGGCGGCUAACUGACGAGAAGAAGCGAAAAAAAAAAAAACACCCUACAGCCGUUUUAAUUAAGAUCUGUUUGGUAUUUUAUUAUUUUUUUUAAUUUUACUUAAUAACAGAUAGUGUCUCCUCGGCCCCGGAGCAGGAGAUGGAGCCCGCCCCGUUCCCAGAGGAGGUGUCGGAGAGGACAGUGUCGGUUGUCGGCUCGGAGCUGGUGGAGAACUACACGGUCUAUAUCAUCGAGGUGACGGAUGGAGAGCACAAAUGGACCGUGAAGCAUCGCUACAGUGACUUCCACGACCUCCAUGAAAAGCUGACGGCAGAGAAGAAGGUAGACCGACGGCUGCUUCCUCCAAAGAAGAUGUUGGGGAAGAACUCGAAGAGUCUGGUGGAGCGGCGGCAGAAGGAGCUGGAGCUCUACCUGCAGACGCUGCUGCAGCAGUUCCCACAGGCCACGCCCACUCCGCUCGCCAGCUUCCUGCACUUUCACCUCUAUGAGAUCAACGGUAUCACAGCAGCACUGGCCGAGGAGUUGUUCCAUAAAGGUGAGCAGUUGCUGCAGGCUGGCGAGGUGUUUUCUCUACGUCCUCUGCAGCUUUACUCGAUCUCCCAGCAGCUACGUCUGGCCAAACCGACGUGCUGUAACGGAGACGCCAAGACGGACCUGGGACACAUCCUCGACUUCACCUGCAGGCUGCGAUACCUCAAGAUGUCUGGUACCAGAGGUCCAGUAGGAACCAGUAACAUCCAGGAGAGCAGUCUCCCUUUCGACCUGUCUGUUUUCAAAUCGCUUCUGCAGAUAGAGAUCAGUGAGUGCAGCUCUCAGCAGAUUCAAGGUCUGUCGUCUCUGAGGUCGAGUCUGGCAACUCUGAGUAUGCACCACUCCACAGAAACUAUGAUGUCGAUUUUGGUCCCGGAGGCGAGCGAGUUCUCACAAUGGGAGGCAGAGGGGGCGGAGUCUGGCUGUCCCGUCACAGCCGUCAUUCCCGUGUGGAGAAACCUGACCACGUUGGACAUGAGCCACAACAGCAUCUGCACUAUCGACAACUCAGUGAAACUGAUUCGUAAGGUGGAGUUUCUGGAUCUGAGCUACAACCAGCUGUCCACAGUGGAAAACCUCCAGCAUCUGUACAAUCUGGUGCACGUGGAUCUGUCCUAUAACAGCCUGAGGGUCCUGGAAGCUGCUCACACCCGUCUGGGCAACAUCAAAACCCUGAGUCUGGCUGGCAACCAGCUGGAACAACUGACCGGUCUCACCAAGCUGUACUCUCUGGUCAACCUGGACCUCAGCCACAACCAGCUGGCUCAGUUAGAGGAGAUCAGGAACAUCGGCUCUCUGCCCUGUCUGGAGAAACUCAACCUGUCCAAUAACCCCAUGUGCAUCAUCCCAGACUACAGAACCAAAGUCCUGGCCCAGUUUGGAGACCGUGCAGCAGAGGUUUGUUUGGACGGUAAAGUGACAACAGAGAAGGAGCUGGACACAGUGGAAGUGUUGAAAGCCAUUCAGAAAGCCAAAGAAGUCAAAGACAGGAUGAGCAGCGGCGACAAGAAGAUCAGUGAGGAGACCAGGCUGUCUGCCGCUGCACCUCCUCACCUCUCCUCCUCCUCUCCCCCCUCCUCCUCCUCCUCCUCCUCCUGCUGCUCUUCUGCUGUUGCUCCUCCUGCUGUCACCUCCUCCUCUUCCUCUUCCUCCUCCUCCUCUUCCUGUCCGGCCCAGCAGGCUGCCUGCCCCAGCCAAGAAGUGACGAGCAGAGAAGAAGCCGCAGUUCCCCCCAGUGUCCUCCCUCCUGUGGACGCUGCACCUCCCCCCGCAAGCUUUAACACCAAUACAAACCUCCUGUCUGCUGACCCCGCCCAGGUACAACAACCUGCUGUCAGUCUGUCUGAACACACACACGGUGGAGCUCCCACAAGGGCUACUACUACUACUACUACUACUACUACGACUCCUACUAUUACUGUCUGUUGUGACUGCUCCUCUUCCUCCUCCAGACCAGUUGAAACCACUUGCUUCUCCUGCAGCACAGCCUGGUGUCCCCUCCUUCCUACUCAGCUGCUCUCCCUCUCCUCCCACAACAAAGACUUCAUUACCCAGCUCUCCCAUCUUCUCAGCUCCACCCUGGAGGAGCAGAAGAGCAAGACAAAGGAGGACGAAGAGAAGGCGGAGGAGGAGGAGGAGGAGGAAGAGAAGAUAUCUGAGUCCAGAGAGGUUCUUCAGUCCCGUGUCGAGGGCACCGAGGUGGGAAGUCCCAGUCCAGGCUCGAGGGACGGAUACUUUGAGAUGGGUCUGGAUGACUCUGUUGAGGAGUCGGUCUGCUCCUCUUCCACGUCACCUGCUGUUCCUCCUGCAGAAGAGCCCGGUGGCCACCAGGGGGAGCUGUGUGACGAGGAGGAGGUGCAGGUCAGCAGGAUUCUGUGGUGCUACUGUCUUCAGGUGAAGGAGGAGGUGGAGCAGAAGGAGGCGUGUCUGGUGCUGACGGACCGGCUGUUGGGCCUGCUGUACCUACCAGAUGAUUUCACGUGGACCAAUCAUGACGCAGACCAGAAGCAGAGUCCGUCUGUGGAGGAGGUGCUGUCCAGCCUGCAGGUGGACCUCCUGCUGCCGUACUCCCGGCUCCUGCUCUCCUCCCAAGUCGAGCUCCCCGACUCCUGCCUCGCCUUCGGCCUCAAAGCCGGUUCGACCCGCUGGUACAUCUUCUCCGAGGCAGAGGGGCUUCGGCAGACCAGGACCGAGCUGACGGUGCUGAUCCAGGCUGCAGGAUCUCAGACUGACCCGGAGCCCUCCAACACUCCUCAGCUCCUCCCUCGCUCGCUCAUCAACUCCUGGGAGCUGGAGGAGAGUCAGGGAGCCCAGGGAGGCUAUCCUGCCCACCUUCUUACCUCCUCGUCUUCCUCCUCCUCUGCCCCGGACGCCCACCCCCUCCUGUCAGACAUUUUAUCCAAGACGGAGGAGAUCGGCCUCCCCUCUCUCCUCUUUCUCACCCAUCGACACCUCUGGGUGCUGAAGGUGAACUUCAGAGAGCUGGCAGAAAGAGAAGGGAGGAGCAGUGACCUUCAUAACUCCUCCUCCUCCUCUUCCUCCUCGUCUUCCUCCUCCUCCUGGUGCAAGCUGGUCCGCGUGCCCCUCGGCUCCGUGGUGCUUCACCCGAGAGAGAGCGCUUCUCUGGUCGGGGACAGAACCAGCGACACCUCCUGCCCCGACCCAAAACACCACCACAGGAGGAGUCACACUGUGGAGCUGCUGCUGGGCGGCCAGAGGCUGCUGCUGCUCUUCCCUCUGGCCCAGGACAGAAGCUCCUUUCUCGGGGAGCUGAGUCAGCGGAGAGCCUCUCUGGAGGGGCUGAAGAUGGUGGCCCUGCCCCGGCUCUGCACGCCCAGUCCGCACCAAGGGCAAGGCCGUUACAGAUCCAGAGACCAGUGCUGUUGUACCAAAGCCAGAAAAUCACACAGCACCAGCAGCUGCGACUCAUCCCGCCUCCAAGUGGAGGAGAACCAGCCGUCCCCCCACCUCACCCCAGGUCUCUCACCGGGACUGAAACUCCUGGCGGGGCUUGGAGGACCGCAACUGCUAGCCUACUUCCACAGAUAUAUAGCGAUGUCUGAGGCAGAGGAGGUGAGACAGGUCCUGUGGCUGUCUGUGGUUCUCUACAAGUCUCCUGAGUCCGAGCUCACCUGCUGUCUGCUGCUCUCCACCGAUACAAUCUACUUCCUGUUGGAAGACUCCGCCUCCACGCUCGGUCAUCACUCAGUGUUGGACGUAAUGGACUCUGGAGAUCCGGACGUCUGUCUGUGCUGCUGUCUGUCCAUCAGACUGUCUGAGCUGCUGUCUGUCAAUGUGGGACUGUUCGACCAGUACUUCAGAGUCGUAGGUCGUUCGGCCGAUCACAUCGUGUGCUGUCUCAGCAGGGACAGUUACGGGACGGGCGUCUUCCUUCAGGAACUGAUGUCGGCUCUCAGCCUGCAGCAGCAGCUUCCUCCUCCAGAACCAUCAGAUCAGGACUUCUACUCCCAGUUCACCAACACAAACACGGGUAAGAUGCAGAACUACGAGCUGGUCCACAGCAGCAGGGUGAAGUUUAUUUAUCCCAGUGAAGAAGAGAUGGGAGACCUGACCUUCAUCGUGGCAGAGAGGAAGACUCCGGCCAGCGCAGCGUCCUCGUCCUCACGCUCCUUCAACGUCCUGCUGUACCUGCUGGUCUUCCAGGUCCAGGUCCCCAGCAGUCUGCCCAGCCAAGUCUCCACUCUCUCAGGACUCUCCUCUGGUUCAGGCUCCGCCUCAUCUCCUGUCCUCCAGCCCAGGACUUUGAUCCUAACCAGCACCGACGUGUUCCUGUUGGAUGAGGACUACGUCAGCUACCCUCUGCCCGACUUCGCCAAAGAACCUCCCUCCAGGGAGCGGUACCAGCUGCGCGAGGCUCGAAGGAUCCGCGACCUGGAUCGGGUCCUGCUGGGGUACCAGACGUACCCUCAGGCUCUGACCCUGGUGUUCGAUGACCUGCCCGGCCCCGACCUGCUCUGCCACCUCACCAUGGACCACUUUGCCGCCGGAGGGGAGGAGGCCACGCCCAGAGGGGGCGGGGCCAGCGGGGGCGCAGAGGGCGAGGUCCAGUGGUGCGUCUUCGUCCCGGGAGCCGACAGCAGAGAGCGGCUGAUCUCGCUCCUCGCUCGCCAGUGGGAGGCGCUGUGCAGCCGGGAGCUUCCUGUCGAGCUCACCGGCUGAUCGGUCGGUGAGGAUGACGGACGGAUGCGUGACUGUUCAGCACCUCGCUGGUCGUUGGGAGCUGAAGGAGGCGCCGAGGAGGGACCAAGAUCAUAUACACACGAAUUCAGGGCACGAUUGGCGGUUUCUAUCCACUCUGAGAGGACGAGAGGCGAGGAAAGCAACGACGCACACUUUCAGUCUCUCCUCGAAGGCGUUUACAGUGUUUAAAGUUGUGUGAAGAAAGACAACACCUUCACGCACCUCGCCAGUCGCACAGCAUGUGAUAUGUUUGUGAUUUGAGCAGCUGUCUGUGGAGCUUUCUCCCAGUCAGCACGCCAGAGGAACCCAAUAGAGGAGUUAGAGGAGAAAAUGGAGGAGGGGUCCUGUUCAUAUUGUGUUGUGACAAACAGACGUCAGGUUAAACCUCAUAUGACGCGUUGUAAGUGCGACUGACUGCCGAAAUAAUGGGAGUUUCUGGCACAACCUCACUUUCUUCCCAAGUGUCUCACACGGGGCAGAUUUACUUUAUUUGGUGGAUGACUUUAUUGACAGACAGACAGACAGACAGACAGACAGACAGACAGACAGACAGACAGACAGACAGACAGACGUUGCACAGCAGGGGGCGCUGCAGACAGUCCACAGGAGUUCUACUAGAUUUUAAUCGACAUUACCUUUAAAGGAACAGCUGGUCAUUUCCUCUUGUUCUCUCCAGAGUCACAUUAAAGAAGAUCAGUUUCGUGUGUGUGUGUGUGUGUGUGCGUGUGUGUGUGUGUGUGUGUGUGUGUUAGCCUAGCUUAGCACAAAGACUGGAAGCAGGGGGGAACUGCUAGCCUAGCUCCAUUUAAAAGAGAAGGGGAAAAAUAUCCACAAACGACUCCAAAGCUGUUCUGAUUUACAUGUUUGUUAUUUAUGUAAAGUUGCUCUUAAAACCAAAAAGAAAAUCACUUUUAUAUGUUUCCAUUUUGUACAUUUGUGCAGUCUGACUCUGGGUGAGGCGACGAGAGGAUGUCCUGACAUGUUGUUUUAAGUAAAACACACACACACACACACACACACACACACACACACACACACACACACACACACACUCUGCUGCUCGGCACAAUCUGCUCUCUGAACAUUUUAUUCCUUGCACAUUAAUGUAAUUAAGCAGUAUUACUGAACUGUAUAUUGUUAUUAAUAUUAUAUUAAUAUAAUUGUUGCUUUGGGACGGAUUAUUUUCCAUCCUGAAGACGAUUUUUGUACCAAACACGAAGGUCCUGAAGAUAUUUCUAACACGAACUCUGAAAUGUCAUAUUUAGUAUUAUCAUUGAGUAUUAUUUUUUUUAUAUUUUAUUUGUUUUAUUUUAUUGUAUGUUACGUUGUUUCGUACAUUAUUAUCUAGAACAUGGGAAGCCAGCCAGUGUUGGAGCCCCCCCCCACCCUUCACCACUGUUGUUUACCUUACAUGUUGUUGUUGUCUUGUUGACGGGGAGUGCCACUGAAACCAAGUGAAAAUUAAAACAUGUACCAAAACAAAAA